AUGCCAUUGCACACGAUCGCGCUCGGGGCAGCUUUGACUCCCACUGUUAUUCACACUCUUAUUUCUCAUUAUCUGCAUCGCAAGUCGCGCCAUAAUAAACCAACUGUUCAUGUUACCUACGAUGAAGGCAUUCAGAUUAUCCGUCAAUUUCUCUACUAUGCUUCGAAACACCCUGUCGAGGACAUUCAAGCCUUUACUCGCCAGUCCGUCCCAAGCCCGCAUUGGGUGAGAUCGGAGACCAUCACCAUCCCCAACGAGCAUCUGUCAACGGCAGCGGAAGUACUCUGCAAGCAAUUAGGCCCCAAGGGUAUAGUACGCGUCGGCGGCCAGAAGUGGUGGCAAUGGCGGGGUCCGUCAGACGAUCUCAAAGGGGAUUGGAUUGAGAUGCGAAGCCAUUACAAUGAGACCAAGAAGUCUGGAGAACGCUGUAACCGUAUCAUGCUGUACGUGCAUGGCGGUGCCUACUUCUUCGGCAGCAUUGAUACGCAUCGCUAUAUGCUGCAGCGUCAUGCGCGCAAGUUGAAGGGUCGCGUUUUCGCGCCAGAUUAUCGUCUUGCUCCCCAAUUCCCCUUCCCCUGUGGCUUGCAGGACUGCAUGGCAGCCUAUCUAUGGCUAUUACAGACAUAUGACCCAAAGGAGAUCAUUCUCGCCGGUGAUUCUGCCGGUGGUGGAAUGGUGUUGUCAUUGCUGGUGAUGAUGCGCGAUCAAGAGAUUCCUCUCCCUGCGGGCGCCAUUCUCAUUUCGCCCUGGGUCGAUCUGACCCACUCAUUCCCAAGCAUUGUCGAGGAUAACCCCGGUGAUUACAUCCCUCCUUAUGGCUUUAGACAUAAACCUUCGACGGCAUGGCCACCACCGAAUGCGGAUGAGCUCCUUAAGAUCAAAAAGCUGUCCCGCAAAGAGACUGUCACGGCCAAGGACAUUGAAGAGGCUGUUCCAGCGCCAAAUACCGAGUCUGGAGCAACGGCUAUCCGCGGGUACACAGUGCAUGAGCAGGUAGCACCUGAUUCAGGACCUGCUUAUCCAGGCCAGCAGCAGAACGCAGAUCCCAAAACCCUGCAGGGACAGCCUGAUAACAUUCAUGUGGUACUGGAUGGAAAAACAGUCGAACUCAAGGAUCAGAUUCAGAUGUAUGCGACGAAUCAAUUGAUAUCCCAUCCCCUAGUAUCUCCUGUUCUUCAGCCCUCCCUUGGGGGCCUGCCACCCCUUCAAAUCCUGAGCGGUGGCGGUGAAAUGCUUCGUGAUGAGCAAUUCUAUAUUGCCCAUAAGGCAGCCAAUCCGACAGCGUACCCACCUAGUGAUGUGUACCUUGACGAACAUGACCCAGAAAGGGAAACUCUGCACAAAUACGAGCCGACCUAUGUGCAAUUCCAAGUAUGGGAUAACCUCUGCCACGUGGCGCCUACCCUAAGUUGGACCCGGCCUGCAAAACAUAUGUUUCGGGCAAUUUCUCAAUUUGGAUCCUGGGCACUUGCCCGCGCCCAAAAUGCGGGGAUUGAGAUCGUGGAUGAAGAACUGCUCUCUCCUGUCUCAUCCAGUGGCACAGAAAGCUCGGAGGGUCCUCAAGGUAUGCAUUCUGGAAACCAAAGGACAGGUACCGGUAUGUCAUUCAUUGGUAAAGCCGGUGAUCCGCUGCCAGCAUUUUACCAACAUAUGAUCCGUGAGCGGGUCGACAAGCGCGGGCGAACCUACCCACUCGAUCCACCAUCGUCGUAUCCUGUUUUGGACAUCCCACCAUCUCAGGUUGGUGCGAUCAACCCUGUUCUCAUUCGCAAAUGGCUGAAUGCAAAGCGCGAAUGGGAUGUGAAGUUCUCCAAAGAGAAGCUUAAAGUCCAGGGUCGACGCAUCAAGGAGAUGUCUCACGGUUUCGAGGAUUUUGAUGGUGAAUUCCCAUCCCCAAGCUCCUUGGCAGCCCGUCGCGCUGCCCCAGGUGUACUACCCAAGCGUGAUGCCAAGAAGAACUACGGCAUGAUGCUCUGGAGUGGUUGGGGCAGCAAACAUGACGAACGUACCAUGGAGCGAGAAAAUGACGCAACGAAAUCCGGUCAUCCUUCAACUCGUGCAAGUGUAGACAUCGGACAGGCAGGUCAGUGGUCCAGUCAACCUGCAAAGAAUCCUCGACCAGAUCCCGAAAAUCGGAAAUCCGUCGCCACGAAUUCCAUGUCCGGGAGUGCUGCCGCAAUGUCUUUGAAUACUAUGAGUGAACAAAAACCAAACAAUAGAGGUACCUCUACAGAUGCCGACGCGGGCAGACAGCCCAUAUCGGAGAAAAAUGGCGGUCCGAUUCUAGUACUCCCGGAUAUGGACAACCAAAAGUUCACUGAAGAGAACGCGAGUACAAGGGCCCUGUUCCAUGCAGCGGGAACCCUCCCCAUGACCUCCGAUUUAUCUCUCCCCUAUUCUCGAGGCCGACCUCUAUCUGCCGGAGGCUCUAUGGCUGACCGGAGCGAAUAUGCGGGCGAUGACAGCAGCACCGUUGGUGGCGAUGCAGUCAGUGGCAGUGUCGCUCACGAUGCUGUCAGCACGCGCGCUGUACUCUCAGCGAGGGGUGUAAUUGGGGCGCUCAAUGGCGGUGACAGUGCUCGAGCGUCAACCGAUACUACAUCUCUUCGUCCACAUCUUACAAAUGGAGAUACCUUGUCGACCGAGAAAGCCGGUCUUGACUCAAGCAGCCAUCGACCAGAGAUGCCUGGUAGGGAAGAAUUCAAGACCGCCAGAGAAGAGCUCUAG